AUGGCUUCGAAUUUCGGCAUUGUCGAUAUUCCCGUUCUCACGAAGCUGACAUGGGAUCUACAUAACCAAUGCCAUCUUAUGGCAAAGGAUGCUCCGGAUGGAUUUAAGAAGCUAGUGACCGAACUGGGUUUGUUGCAAGGGACAUUGAGAACCUUUGGAGACGACAUAUCCUUUUUUGAGAAAAUGGACGAAGACCGAAAAAGGGCGCUCCAAAGAUCCCUUGGCGCUUGUUUGGCAACACUGCAGAGAUUGCAGGAUCUUCUUACCCGAUUCAAAGGCUCUGUAACUGGCGAUGGAAUUGGCUUCUGGCAAAAGAUCAAAUGGGCAACACAACGGACUCAGAUUGAGGAUAUCAGAUCCAAGAUUAUGGUGCACACUUGCAAUCUGAGCCUAUGUAUAAGCACAAUUGGAAACGCCUCGCUUGCUCGUAUAGAGAGAACAAUGGUUCUGGCAAUGAAGGAGGACGAGCAGAUUAUUCUCAGCACUGCGGCUUCGCCUGUUCGGGAUACGGACUCUGUUGUCUCACCAAUGAGCCCGGGCAUGGUGGAACUACCAGCCAACAACGAAGAAGAGUGUGAAAUGGACAUAAUACAUGAAGUUCGUACCAGAAUGUCAGAGCUGGCUAAUAACAGGAGCUCCGUGGGGAGCAGCAGCAAGGUCAGACAUACUUCCACAUGUUCCGAAUCAGCAAUAACUGGAUCCGAUGUGUCGCUCUUGGAUGGGUCCUCGCCGACUUCUUGGUUGUCCCUGAAUACUUCGCCGUUUCUACCCCCGACGGGUCGUGUCAGCCAUUCCAGAGUGCGCAGCGAACAGCUCCUCUCUGGUGGCUCGAUUGACGGUCGGACACUUCAUGAUGGAAUGUGGACGGAUGACCCAGAGCUAGAGGAGAAACAGAUCAUCAACCGCAAUAUGUCUUACUCCGAUGCUGUUUAUCGACACAAUAACGUUAUCGAGGCGGUAUCAUCCGCUAUGAAACAUCUGCGUGAUGUACGGCACCAGGAAUAUACCUUAAGGCCCAUCCGAUUUGAGCCGCAGAACCAGUUGCACAAACCAUCUGGUGAGACAUUGGAAAAAUUUGACGCGUCGGUGCACGACGAGUUGCAAAUUACGAGAUUGAUCACCAAAGACUGGCUUCGAGUGGCGACUUGGUGGUUAUUAAAGGCACGCGCGACCCUGGCAAAUUGCAACAGGCACAUUUAUGUCAGCGCCCGGGGCAGUCUCAGUCCGUCCAUGGAGUCGAGAUCGACCAGCAAUCAAGCCUAUAUUGAUCUCCUCAAGGCCUCGUAUAUCCUGUACAAUAUUGUUCUGAGAGACGAUGCCUCGACUGACUUCCUGGUGGAUGAAGAUCGGAAGUCAAUUCUCGAACUUUCUGAAAGCAUCAAUGAAGAGCUUUCGCAAUAUACUUCCAUCGACAUCCCGGACUCAUCAAGUCUACAUACUCAAAACCUUGCUAUCUGGGAGCCAAUACAACCAGAGGAAACCUCAGAUGACGGAACAGACCUAGAACUUGGCCUGGAUAAUUUGCGUUGGAUUGCCGUGGACCAAGAAGAUGCCGGCAGCGAACAGGAAAAGGUUCUCUAUCGCACAUUUGUCAAUGCUAGCAUAGGAGGCAAGAAAUUCCGCAUGCGCACCAAGAGCGCUCCAUACAUGCUUCUUCUUGCAACACGAGAAGGGGAAAGUGAGCCGAAGAUUGUUCUCUGCAAUCAGAGUGGCACACUCUGCCUCGAGCGAAACUUCACACUGGACGACAUAUCGCCUCUUGCCCAAUUAUCGAAUGGCCUGUUGACUGGUUUUCCUGGCGCUCGAAUCUCAGAACCUGUUCCGUUCAAAUUCGAGAACAUGAGUGUUUUGAUCUCAUUCCAGUUCGAAGGAGACCUCGGGCAUUUCAUCCACAUCCCGAAGAAUUAUUUUGAUGCCGUAUGGCAAAGAGAGCCAGUCGAUUCAAAUGAAUUUACGGAGAGUGUCAUUUUUAAGAGCUCCGUGGAUAUCUUUGAGCAGGUGAACACGCCGAGCAUGAAAUCAAUGAAUCCGCCCGUGCUCGUCAAAUCCGCCGAGGUGCGCAUCCUAGAACGAUCUUUCGGAGAAGCUUGGCGGUCUGUUCGACGUCUAGUAAUUACUUCCUCUGUCGCUGAAAAGGCCCCGACAACCAUGGAACUCUUCAUGCCUCUCAGUAGAGUACAGGUCAACCGAGGGGAGAUGUCACGCCAGCUGCUCCUACAAUGGUCGGAUACUUGCCAGAUGAGAUCAGAUAAGACUGACGGCAACUACAACACUUUGCACUCCUACAUAUACGAUGACAGUGCACCAAAUCUUGGUACUAGUCUGCAAUUCCGCACGCCUCAAGGGGCAGAGGACUUUGAGAAAGCCAUCCUAGAAAUGAGCCUCCGCCCGGACUUUUCUUGGUCCCAACCCACUACUUCCGGCCUUGUCUACAACGUGGUAGACUCUGGGAUAGAGCACAAGCAAUACAAGGCCAUGUUAGUCUUCCGAAAUCGAGAUUCAUGGCGAUGUUCAGAAUUAUACUUUAUCUACCGCGACGCCGAUUAUACAUGCGACCACACCUCAAUGAGCAUACUGUUCCCUCGAAUCUACUCCACAGAUUAUAUCUCAACUCACGUUGACCAACUCUGCCAUCCAGAAGCCCCUGUUACGUUCUCUCAUUGCGACAAGAAGACCACGCAGACAACUAUCGAGUUCGGCGACGACCUUGUAGCCCGUUCGUUCCUUAGCGCACUUUCUCCUCUAUACGACCUUCUCUACCUCCGGCGUAUCCAGUCAAUAUCGAUGAAAAGCAAUUCCCUCUUCGGGUUUCACAAAUCCGGCAGGGGCAGCGUCGACAUCCAACUGUGGCGUCGGGGAACGACUUUCCAGCUGGCUGCACGGUGGGACGACUCGAUACCAGAUAAGUGGCUUACUAUAAGUGUUCCAUCGGACUUCACAGAUUCCUCGAAAGAGAAUACUCGCGUCACUCUUCCGCGUCUUCCAUACUUGCGUGGCAUGACACUCGACAUGAUGAAUGUUCUCGCUCGAAACCCCAAGAACCCCAAUGCCAAAAGCAAAGAAGGGGCUAUUUCGAUUUCUUUCCAAACAAGCCAAGACCGAGAAGAGUUCUUGGCUGUAUUACAAGGGCAGCAAUUGCCGAAAUUCUCAUAG